UGGCGACGCACGAACGCGGUUUGAUACAAAGCGACGUAAAAGCUCGAGGGAAACAGUCCGCGAGGAAUGCCACCGUCGCAUUGAAUCAGAGGUGAGCUUAAAUAAAAAUGGGCAGCAAGCAUCUCUCAUUUGAAUUUCUUUAUGAAAUCUCUUUAUAGACAGCAAGGAGUCAACAAUCUUCUUAAUAUAUGCCGAAGGGGAAGUUUCACGCAGCUGUUGCAAUUGUCAGAAAUGGUAAUGGAAAUGGAAAGAGCAUUAAAAGUAGGUAUAAAGUCCUGCUUCAACGAGGUGGAAAGAAAGUAAUUUAAAUAACAGAAAUAAAUUGGCGUAUUUAACGAGGCAAUAAACCAUCGCCGUUGUUUGUAUCCGUGGACACGUAACCUUUGGAGAAUGGCAUUAAAAGAAACCCAAACAUAUUGAGAGGAACGAUGAUCGCCAAGUGACAUCAUCGAGAUAAAAUGAAGCAAGAACCGCCGCGCAGAAAAUCUAUAAAUGUAUCGAACGAGAAUGUUCGGUCAAUGAGGAUGCGGAAGGAAGGCUAAUGAUCCAGCUAAUCACCAGCGUGUCGUCGAAGCAGGAGAAAAAAAGAUAAAUCACAAAGGUUGCCUGGAGUGCAGGCUGUUCUUUUGGAGAGACGGGAGAGCGACGUGGUUCUGCGUCGUGGCGACAUCUACGUGGAGGAGCGGUACAAGAUUGGCUGGCAGUUCGCAGGCGCAUUUCCCGGUGCAUUCUCUCGUUCCAGCCUCGCUGCGAGCGGGGAGCGUCGCGUCGUCAUUCCUUCCCCGUGAUCCAUCGACGACAGACACCAUUCUUUUUUCUCUUCAUACAGCCUCCCUCGUUCUCUUUCCUCGUUGUUAUUAGCGAGCGAGUAGCAACUAGUGUGUAACGCAUUCGCUAGCGUGAAAACGAUUACUCUGCGAAUCCUUUCGAAACGACGCAACAGGCAUCGUUCGUUUCCUCUUUGUCUCGUCUUCUUCCUUCUGUCUUCGUCUGUUUUCCUCUUCCACUCCGUUUCCGCUGUCUGCAAGGUUACGUUGCUAGUUCUCAUCUCUUCUCUUCCCCCACUCUUCCCCAGGCUUCUUCAGCUCUCGGCUUCCACCGAUACCCCUUCCGUCCGUCGACCGAUAAACGUACCUAUCACUGUCACGGUCGAAGAAAGAAGAGGUCGGGGUCCGCAGUACACCAGCCAUUUCACAGGCGUCGUCUGCUUUCUCCUCGCUUCCGAUAGCCCUGACGGCGGAUUUUCCGUUCACGGUCCGGCUUGCAGUGCGUCGAUCAUGUCGCUGAUCGCCAACUGUUUUCGACGGCUCACCGAGACACCGGCUAAAAACCAGCUGAAAGGCUACAAGGUCACCGAUGUAAAUCGCAUGCGAAAAAUCGGCGUCGCUUGCAGGAGCCUUCACGAGCUGAAGCAGAAAGCAUGCACGAAGUUGAACAUAACAAACGAUCCUGCCGAAAUCAACAUCUACUUACUCGAUGGUUCGUUAAUUGACGAGGAAGAGUAUUUUUCCACGUUGAAGCCUCAGACGACGCUAAUCCUUCAGAAACCUGGCGAGAAAGUGUUAACCGACGCGGACCUUCUGUAUGACACCUUGAGGCGUGUUAACAUCGAUUUUCUGAUUGCCGGCGAGAAAGCGUCCGAGUUCCUCACGGAAAACCUUAAAGCGAAGGUCGCUGUUCUAAAUAACGCUUUGAACAAAGAUGAUUCGAAAACAGCGUUCAGCAGCAGGGACGAACAUCCGGAGUGGUUUCAUGGAUUGGAAACUAACUGUGCGACCAAAGAAGCUUACCUGCAUCGUAGAUGCCAAGACAGAAUACGGGGCUAUCUGUACAAAACGAUCGAGCAGAUCAGAUCGUCGGACGUGUUCACGAAGGAUCCACGAGCCAGGAAGCAACUGUUAUACGCCAUAGCCUUCUUCAAGAUGCAGCUGAAAGAGGAUCACUAUUUUGGCUACUAUUUCGAUAGGAGUCGAGCAAAGAUCGAAGCGUUGGAGGGUGCUGAUCAGCUCGAUUCGUCGGCCUGUUACGAUCAUUGUCCUUGUAGGUUGAAAUGGUUCGACGAUAGUACGUACUUCAGAUUGUUUGGCACGAUGGAGCAAUCCGACGAUGUCGACGGCGUGAAGAAGAGGAACGAGAGGAACUCGUCGGCGGACACAAAGACUGAGGAGGAGGAGGCAGAGGAGAACUGUCCUUACAAGAUUAGAAAGAUAGAGAAGAAAAUGUGUAUCGCGUUGUGCAAUCAAACGGGCGAGUUUAGAUGUCAUGGAAUGUGGAACGAGGAUAAAUGUUCUUACGGGACACACAAGAUCAAUCCCUAUCGGUCGAAGGAAGAGCUUGUUUUAUUCUCCACGUGGAACUUUGAUCAUAAGAUUGAAAGGUCCAGGACUCUAAUUCCAUUACUGCUGAAACUAGCGUCCAAAGGAACCGCCAACGAGGCAGAUCUCAUCGAAAUUUACGACAAUCUGUUCACGAUAAAGAACUUGAGACUGGUUCACAUCAUAUGCCAUGAUAAGAGCUCGCACAAAUAAUUAGCCAUUAUCACUUGGAAGGGUUAACAAAAAUUUCAACGAUGCGGCAAGAGAUAAGAAAGAAGAAGAAGAAAAAAGA